AUGUCGCAAAGUGUUAGCUCCCGAACUGCACAGCCCUGCCAUCGUAGCGGCACUGUCGGGACUGGCUUCCAUUGCGUGGGGACGAAAUCCAUGGCCAUGCUAGUAUUGGUCACCAUACUUCUGGGGAGCACAGCUGCUUCCCGGUUAACUCCUGAUGAGGGGUUUGGGGUGGAUUUCCCUGCACAUCCUGCCAGAGGAGACGACGGGAAGCGCCUGUGGCGGUGUGCUUCUCAACAGAAAAUUUUUAAAGCUGGAGAUACUAACCAGGAUGGACAGCUAGAUUUUGAAGAAUUUAUGCAGUAUCUUAAAGAUCAUGAGAAAAAGAUGAAACUGGCAUUUAAGAGCCUGGACAAAAACAAUGAUGGAAAAAUUGAAGCAUCAGAAGUUGUCCAGUCUCUCAAGAUAUUGGGUAUAAGCAUUUCAGAAAAACAAGCAGAAAAGAUCCUGCAAAGUAUUGAUGCUGAUGGGACGAUGACAGUAGACUGGAAUGAGUGGAGAGAUCAUUUUAUGUUUAACCCAGCUACAGACAUUGAGGAAAUAAUUCGCUAUUGGAAACAUUCCACUGUGUUGGAUAUAGGAGAUAGUUUGACUGUUCCAGAUGAGUUCACGGAGGAAGAGAAAAAGACUGGGCAGUGGUGGAAACAGCUGUUGGCAGGAGGAGUGGCUGGUGCUGUCUCUCGAACAGGUACAGCACCAUUAGAUCGCCUUAAAGUGAUGAUGCAGGUUCAUGGUUCAAAAUCAAACAAAAUGAACAUAGCCGGCGGUUUUAAGCAAAUGUUGAAAGAAGGUGGUGUCCGAUCCCUCUGGAGGGGAAAUGGUGUAAAUGUUGUGAAAAUAGCUCCUGAAACAGCUAUUAAGUUCUGGGCUUAUGAACAGUAUAAGAAGAUACUCACUAAGGAUGAUGGAAAGUUAGGCACCGUUGAAAGAUUUGUAUCUGGUUCUUUGGCUGGAGCAACAGCACAAACUUCUAUUUAUCCCAUGGAGGUUUUAAAGACCAGAUUGGCUGUGGGUAAAACAGGGCAAUAUUCUGGGAUGUUUGACUGUGCUAAGAAGAUCUUAAAAAGAGAAGGUGUAAAGGCCUUCUACAAAGGCUAUAUUCCUAAUAUUCUGGGUAUAAUUCCUUAUGCUGGCAUUGACCUUGCUGUUUAUGAGCUCUUAAAGAGUACAUGGCUAGAACACUAUGCAUCAAGCUCCGCUAACCCAGGUGUCUUUGUAUUGUUGGGAUGUGGUACUGUCUCCAGCACAUGUGGGCAGUUAGCCAGUUACCCUCUUGCUCUUAUCAGAACACGCAUGCAGGCUCAAGCCUCAGUGGAAGGAGCUCCACAGCUAAACAUGGUCGGUCUCUUUCAAAGAAUUAUUGCUACAGAGGGAAUCAGAGGACUUUAUAGGGGCAUAGCCCCUAAUUUUAUGAAGGUGCUUCCAGCUGUCAGCAUCAGCUAUGUUGUAUAUGAAAAAAUGAAGCAGAAUUUGGGAAUAGCAUGAAAUGAAGGAAAAAGGUGAGAUGCUUCCAAUGGUGUUGGAAACACCAGGACAAAAAUGAUUUCUCAAGUAAUUUGCUCUCACAAUUACAGACAGAUCUUUGUGGAGAGAUGCUGCAACUUCUACUUUUCCCCUCAAGUGGGAAGAAACUUUCUUAAAUUCUAGUUCACCAUUUCUAAACAGAUACCUAUAUUGCACUUUAAAAUGUCACUGAGUUUAAAAAAAAAUAAUCAAGAAACUAUCUUUAAAUCA